AUCAGCUUAUAUGAGUUGACUUAUUCAAGAUCUCUUUUAGUUCUUUCUGCUCCUCCUCCUUUCCACAAAAGGGAAAGAAACAUAUUAUCUUUUGUUUAACCAUUGGCUUACAAUCAUCUGUAUCUUCAUGGAAGAGGCUCAAAUGGCUGAACUGCAAAGAAGAGCUGUUGAUGAGAGGGAGCAAAACUCACAUGGAGACGCUCCUUUUACAAAUCAGCCUCAACUUUCAAGAUUCAAAAGUUACAGGCGGUGGAUUCGUGUAAUUAUUUACAUCCUGUUUCUUCUUGCUGGCCAAUCAACAGCUACUCUCUUGGGAAGAUUAUACUAUGACAAAGGUGGGAAUAGCAAAUGGAUGGCAACAUUUGUUCAAUCAGCUGGCUUCCCAAUUUUACUCCCCCUCUUGUUUUUCUUCUCACCAUCCACCAAAUCAAUCACCACUGACACCCCCAUCAGUUCCUGGAUCACAAGCCAACCAAAGACUUCGAACCUUGUUUUUCUCUAUGUUGCCUUUGGCUUACUCUUGACAGGUGAUAACAUGAUGUACUCUUAUGGCCUUCUAUACCUUCCAGUCUCUACAUAUUCUCUACUUUGCGCAACUCAAUUGGCCUUCAAUGCUGUCUUUUCCUUCUUCCUCAACUCCCAAAAGUUCACUCCUCUUAUAAUCAACUCCAUCAUCCUCCUAACCAUCUCAGCUGCUCUGCUAGCAGUCAAUGCAGACUCCGAGAACACCUCAACAGUCUCCAAAGGAAAGUAUGCAAUCGGAUUCCUAUGCACUGUUGGGGCAUCCGCGACUUACUCUUUGUACCUUUCCCUGGUGCAAUUGUCUGUUGAAAAAGUUAUCAAAAGAGAGACUUUUUCUGCUGUCUUGGAUAUGCAAAUAUACCCUUCAUUUGUUGCAACCUGUGGGUGCGUGGUUGGGUUAUUUGCAAGCGGGGAAUGGAAAAGUUUGUCAAAGGAAAUGAAGGAAGACCAGGAAGGAAAAAUAUCAUAUCUGAUGACUUUGAUUUGGACGGCAGUGACAUGGCAGGUUUCAUCAAUAGGUUUGCUGGGAUUGAUUUUUGAAGUAUCUUCUCUGUUCUCCAAUGUCAUUAGUACAUUGGGUCUGCCUGUCGUCCCCAUUCUCGCUGUGAUAUUCUUUCAUGAUAAGAUGGAUGGAGUUAAGGUGAUGGCUAUGUUGUUGGCCAUCUGGGGUUUCCUUUCUUACAUCUAUCAGCACUACUUGGACGGCUCUAAAUACAAGUUGAAGAAGAAGGCAAAUUCCAAUGAGGUUUCUUUGGCUAUUAUAGAUAAGGUCUAAAGAUUGCAAUGUGCCAUUGAAUUUACUAGAAUGAUUGAUGAAAAUGUUCAUUUAAAUGGACAAUGAAAAAUUGUUUAUUUAGACUGUGGAUAAUUUUAUUUUAUUUUUAUUUUAAAAUUUUUUUUCAUAAUUUUAGUAGAGAUUUGAAUUUCAUUGCAUUUUAGUACAUUAUA